AUGGCUGAAGCCUUGAGACAAGAAGGCAAUGCUCUCUACAAGCAAGGCGACUUUAGAGCUGCCGCAGUCAAAUAUCGAGAAGCAACCAGGGUUGCAAACGCCGACGAUGCCCUACCCUAUUCGAAUCUGUCAGCCGUGCUUUACGAGCUUGGCAAGUACCCAGCCGCUGCUAUGGCGGCACAGAGGGCGCUCGAGAUCAACGACGGCCGAGCAGAUCCCGUCGCAGGCCUCAGCGCGAAGUUGUUGGCCAGACGCGCUCAAGCCUUGUUACAGUCUGGAGAUCUGCAAGCUAGCGUCUAUUUGUCGUCGGAAAAUCCUAGCUAUACCGCCGUGCUGGACACUCGCCGCCGUAUGACCUCCAUCGCAGGCUUAGCGACCGAGAUAAAGAUGUGGGAGAUGAUCUGGGCACGACUGCCUCGCUACAAAGCAACACUUCACGAGAAGCCUCUCUAUGGCGUCUUCGGCCACGAUGAAUUCAAGUCGGUGUGGCAGACUACCACGGCAGAGCACUACAACGUCCUCGGCUUAGUACUGCAUGACAACGACAGUCGCCUCAGGCCGACGCCCGCUUUAAGCGGCGAGACUGUGUCAUUCUAUUUCGGUGGUAUCGGAGAUGCUCGUCACCUGUACGCUACCCUCAUGGUGAUGCGUACUGACUUCGCGGCGAGUCAACCCAAGCCUGUUCCUGCCAUCUGCAUUGUAGCGAAUGAUGUCAAUCCUAUCGUGCUCGCGCGCAAUUUCAUCAUUUGGCAUCUGCUCCAACAGGCUGCCCGAGCUCCACGCGGAAGUACGAUGCGCAUGUUACUACUCAGCACACUCUAUUACACCUUCUCGGCCCCGCUCAUGCCUCCAAGUAUCUACGAAAUGCUGCAGAAGGAGAUCACUGUAUGCAUCGACAUGCUUGACCAUCCUACCACGAUACUCCCCUGGGUGCGCUGCAGCGUUAAAGUGGCUGAUCAAAUGAGUCGAACGUUGAAGACAUGGAUGAAAGAGAUCCCGAACGCUUUCACGGCUACGCAAUUCCAAGAAAGCCACACCAGACCCAUUUUCAAGCGACCAAACCUCACUGGCCCGGGCUUUGCAGCGUCGCAGUACGCCAAUGAAUCCUCUAUCUACGAACAGACCUUGAUGCUCGUUCCUGAUGAUGAAACACAGAAGCAGAACCCGGAGCUAAUGAGGUUGUACAGAGCAUGCUCACGUGGUCAGCAACACGUCAGAGCUCUGCGAGAGCACGUUGGUCACUUGUGGAGGAUUAAUCCGACCUUACUGGACAUCGAAACCAGCUCGCUACGGAAUGAUAUUUGCUCCGCAUUCCCUCUGCCAUUCGCAUUGGUGCGCCAGCUCCCGGACAUGAGUCCGCCACCGGAUCCUCAUCAUUUCUUCGACUACUGCUCCGUAUUCUGGUCUCUCAUUGCUGAAGCGCUGGCUGAUUUGCAGCCUCUUCUGACAGUUCAUAUUUCGAUAGCCGACUGUGUCGAUGAGCUUGAGCAACUAAGUAUACGAGGGUAUAGUGACAAUGUCCGCUUGCCACCAAACACAAGAUUCGAUCGGAUGCACUUCAGCAACAUCCCGGACUAUACCGGAAUGAAUUUGUUCACUUUCAUGCACGCAACUCCAGCACUCAAGCAACAUACUGGUGCACCAGCAAUAUGUAAUUGCCUCGCUUGUCCUCCAAGAUGGAGCACUAUCGAUCAUUACAACGCUGAGAGUCUAUGUAUGUACAGAGAAGCUGACAUGGCUAGUGUAUUCAAUGCUCGGUACAGCGGUUGGUCAAAAUUCUUCGAUGGUAGUGAACCUGAGCUCCCAGAAGGGCCAAUGCCAAUGAUGAAUUAUACAGAUUGGCGUUCCGUCGCUGCGACACCGUUGGACUUCGAGAGCUUGAUGCCACGCAAAAACUUGACGCAUUGGCUUUAUAGCGUUUAUGUGGCUCUGGUACUGCCUGCUCCCCGGGAUGCUGGCAACUGGGGCCCCGAGAGGUCAGCUAUUGUCCGAUCGCCGUUGAAUCAAACAGCAUUCCUACGCCUCUUCAUCCACUUGAGUAACGUAGGCUACCCUAAGCACUGGCUCAGCGCGAUUCUGACUAGUCUUCUCACGAACGACACAAUAUCGACUGCCCGGCCACCUUCUGAAUGUCCCAUCACGCUUGGAGAGAUUGAUCGACGCAAUUCCGCUGCAAAAUUCGACAGCAGUCCAUGGACUGCCGAAUUGAGUACCCUCACGACACAAUUCCUUGGAGUCCUGCCUUUCGCAGUCAUCGCCGAAGAUGGAAUACUGCAAUCACCCGAUCAGAUCAGGGAGUGUACUGUCACUUGGACAGGGCCUUUCUACCCCGACUUGUCUCUCAUAGACGCAGAGCGCGCUGACUGGAUCUUGCUACUUGCCGACUGGGACAUGAUGGAGCCCCAAACCCGCUUCGCGCAUUUUGACUAUGGUAAUGGUCCAGGUCUACUUCGCCGGCUGAUGAUGUCACCAUCGUACACGGAGCGUAUGAAGGAUAAACAUCAUUUCAUCACUUGCUGGAAGUGGGACGUCAAGCAACGAAAAGCGACCUUCUGGUUGCGCGAAGACAUGACGCAUCAACUUGACGGUCAUGAAUGGGACAUUGACUUCGUGCGUAUUGAUCAGUGGGGAUUUCCUGGCCAUCGAUUUCCCUUCAGCCUCGAGGUCGAGUGGUCGUUCGGUCGGAGAUGGAGCGAGGUUCUGGCAGAUUCCGGCGACACCAGAUGCUGGCGACACUAG